CAGACCAAAACACAAACCCCACUCUUACCUCCAUUUUCCUCAACCACAAAAUAAGAUGAAAGGAGCAAGACCAGGAAGAAAGAGAAAAGCACCAGCCCAACAAACCCAUCCCACUCAGGACAAUCCUUUGCGUUCUAGGUGCCCAACGAGACGGUCGUCGACCGCUCCAGUGUUUUUCCCUAUAUCUCCGCGAAGCAUCACCCCAAGCCUCGUCUUGAGACCAGCGUUACGAGUUCUCAGGCAACCUGAGUCACCGGUCUCACCUGAUCCUCUCAGUCAGCACACAACGGAUACGAAUGGCCUCUGCGCCACAAACACUUCACAAGUUGAAGUGCCUCAGCAAGGCUUAGAUGGCCAUUUUCAGCCUCUACCGGAUAUGUUAGCAGUCCUCCAGAAGAGCAAAACGCACGAUGCUCCCUCGAGCAUUUCGUGCUUGAACUCCACAGAGUAUUCUACAGCCCACGAAGAGAAUGCAGAGGAAGUGAAGGCAGAGAUUGCUGAUAUCAGUUCUGAGAGCAAUGUCAAUUCUUCUCAACUCGUCGGAGAUUGCCAUUUUCAGCUUCCGUGGAAGACUGCUACAGGGCCCGAAGAUGAUGCAGACAAAAUUGAGGUUUCUGAGAAGAAUGUCGUCCCUCCUCAAAGCGGCGUGGAUGGCCAAUUUCAGCCCCCGGGGGUGGUGGUGGUGCCACACGGCGAGCAUAUGCUAGAGAAGUGCAAAACCUAUGAUGGUCCUUCAACCAACAACCACUGCGUAAGCGCCUCGCACAGCCUUAACUUGACAGAGUUUGCUAAAAGGCCUAAAGAUGAUGAUGACGAAGAUGAAGUUGAGUCUGCUCUGUGCAUCCGGGGUCACAAAGUAAAGCCGGAGAUUGCUGCUUUAGUUGGAGCUAUAUUUGACAAGUAUGGUGAUAUCACUGCUGAGAGCAGAGUCAAGUCUCCUUCCAUCAUCGUCUCCCUCUUCCUCGAGCGCCUGUGCAAUGUAUACCAAAGGCUCGAGCAGAGGAAGUUGGCUGAAAUCACGCACGCUGAGAUCAACGAAAUGCUGGAUGAGCUCUACCAUUAUGAGAAUCAGAAGUUCAACGUGAGAUGGCUUCUCGAGAAGGUGGAGAGGAUUUACGAGGCAAACAGGGAUGCGGAGAAAUACUUGUUGGUGAAGGAAAAAGCAGCAAAGUGCAGGGAGGCUAAUGAGAGAAUUGAGGAGGUGAUAGAAAUGAAUGAGAGACAUGUUGCAUUGAUUCAAAAGAAGAUAGCAGCAGCAAAGAGGGAGAAGGAAGGCAAUGAGGCAAAGGCCAAGGAAUGCACAAAGAUGGCUAUGGAUAUCAGGGCUGGAAUUAAAGCUCUUGCAGCUCAGUCAUUGGUGCAGGGUCUUCUUUAGCACACCACCUCUUAUCUUAUCCUAUGCUAUUAAUAUUACUAUGCUUAGGUGGAUUUUCAAAAUCAAUGGAUGAUAAUUUAUGUUAAUAUGCUGUGUUAGCCCUUUUACUUAUAGACCAACUACGGCAAAUGCAAAGGGCAUAAUAUUAUA